AUGGCUUACAAAACCCGCUCUUCGGUGCCCACUCUCAUCUCCAUUUCCGUUAUCCUUCUUGCCCUAGUAGGGGGAGCAGUUUCCGGGCGAAAUGUCCGGACAACCUCCAACAAAGAUGACAAGAAACAACCUCAGUGGUUUCAUGACCAUGACAGAAGUUUUGUCAUUCCCGGCAUUGGGCGUGUGAUGCUACCACCACUGUAUAAUGUUUCACCUUAUGCUCCACCCCCUAUCACCGGCAGCACUGGUGGAAGUGGGGGAAGCCCUAGUAGUGACGACUAUGUUCCAGGCGGUGAUGACACAUACGCUCCAACCCCCGGGAAUGGUGGCGGGAGCCCUACAGGUGCUCCAACUCCCUGA